AUGGCCAGCAGCUUCCUUUUUCUUAUUCACUUCUUGCUCUUAGUGUUCUUUCCUCCAAACCUUGAAGCAACUCAAGAAGGUGAGCGCAGGGUAUUCAAUUUCAGGUGCGGUUACAAUGGGCCAUCAAUCCGAUUCCCAUUCUGGGUUAAAGCUUUCCACCCAGAUCGCUACCGCUCUCCUGGGUUCGAGCUAUCCUGUGAUAAGAACAAGCAAACAGUCCUUGAUCUUCCCUUUUCUGUGAAGCUAUUUGUCAAGAAAAUUGGCUAUAAAUCUCGAGUUAUUCGAUUGUAUGACCCAGAUGGCUGCGUUUCGUCAAAGCUUCCAUACCUCAACUUGUCUGCCUCCCCUUUCCAGUUCAAUGAAAUAGACUCAUAUAAUUUCUCGUUAUUCAAUUGUUCUGCACCAGACAGACAAAUGUUUGAUUCUGUACCAUUCAAACAAAUGUUUCUCUCGGUUCCUUGCCUUCGAGCUUCCGCCUACCAAGUGUAUGCCAUAUUGUCUUGGAACAACGUUGAUGAUUUUCCUUUGACAUCUUACAGCAACAUUCAUAACUUAGAAGAAUCGGUGCCCUAUAAUAUAUUUCACCAAGGAGGUAAGCUUCAGUUGAGUUGGUCGAAACCAAAUUGCAGCCUCUGUGAAGCUGAAGGCAAGAUUUGUAGAUUGAAGAAUGAUACCACAGAAUAUGAAACUGAAUGUGUUGCCAAAUCCAAGACACUCAAAGGUCAUGCAUUUAAGAAACAAUUGUGGGCAGGUGAUGUUGUCUUUUGUUUUUGGGGGUGA